UCUAUCUCUCUAAGGUGCUGGCUGAGCCUCGCAUUUGGCCCCUAGGGUCCUGCGGACCUCCUGUCCCUCCGAGGUGGCCCGACAGCGGCGAUGGCAGACGCCCGGGAAGACACCCCUGAGUCUUGCUCCUCCGCUGCCGAGUCCGAAGACCCUCCCGGCUCCGCCAAACUCACUGAGGCGGUGCCUCCAGCGGAGUCAGAGGGCUGCGGCCGGCCGCUGGAGGAGGCUCCCAAGAAACUCUGUGGAUAUUUAAGUAAGUUUGGCGGCAAAGGGCCCAUCCGGAGCUGGAAAUCCCGCUGGUUCUUCUACGACGAGAGGAAAUGCCACCUCUAUUACUCGCGGACCGCGCAGGAUGCUAAUCCCUUGGACAGCAUCGACCUCUCCAGUGCGGUGUUUGACUGCAAGGCAGACGCUGAGGAGGGGACUUUCGAAAUCAGGACUCCCAACCGGGUCAUCACGCUGAAGGCCGCCACCAAGCAAGUGAUGUUGUACUGGCUGCAACAGCUGCAGAUGAAGCGCUGGGAAUUCCACAACAGCCCUCCUGCACUUCCUGCCGCCCCUGAUGCCACCCUGGCUGGGAAUGGGCCCACCCUGCACCUCAAGCUAGGGCAAGAGGAAGCAGAGCUGGAGGAGUUCUGCCCUGUGAAAACGCCCACUGGGCUCGUGGGUGCGGCAGCUGCCUUGCAACCUGUCCCUGCCAUGCCCUUGGCCCUUCAGAACAUCUCCCUCAAGCACCUGGGAACUGAAAUACAAAACACCAUGCACCAUAUCCGUGGCAACAAGCAGGUGCCAGGAACAGGCCACGGAUCUCUAACAGAAGACUCUCCACAGAGUGCGGAGACUCAGAGUGGGGAGCAGGCCUCAGGCCUGGAUCCUGGCACCCCAGGGAAAGAGCCAGCGGAUUCUCCAAAACCUGCACCCAAGUUUUCCCUGACCACCUGUCUCACACAGAAAACCAAGUGCCAGAGCAACACCUUCCCCUUCUUUUCUGAAGGGCUACGGAACCGAACUGCCCAGGAGAAGGUGGUAGCRUUGGAGCAGCAGGUAGAGGUGCUAACCAAGGAGUUAAAGUCCCAGAAGGAGCUGGUGAAGAUCCUACACAAGGCGCUGGAGGCCGCCCAGCAGGAGAAGAGGGCAUCCAGCGCGUACCUGGCAGCAGCAGAGGACAAGGACCGGCUGGAGCUGGUGCGGCACAAAGUGCGGCAGAUCRCAGAGCUGGGCAGGCGGGUAGAGGCCCUGGAACAGGAGCGCGAGAGCCUGGUGCACACGGCCAGCCUGCGGGAGCAGCAGGUGCAGGAGCUGCAGCAGCAUGUGCAGCUGCUUAUGGACAAGAACCAGGCCAAGCAGCAGGUCAUCUGCAAGCUCUCAGAGAAGGUCACCCAGGACUUCACACAGCCCCCUGACCAGCCCCUCAGCACUGUCGACAGGGACUUCCUAAGCCAGCAGGAGAGGAUGGAGCACCUCAAGGAUGACAUGGAAGCUUACCGGACCCAGAACCGCUUCCUCAACUCUGAGAUUCACCAGGUCACCAAAAUCUGGAGGAAAGUGGCUGAGAAGGAGAAGGCGCUGCUGACGAAGUGUGCCUACCUCCAAGCCAGGAACUGCCAGGUGGAGAGCAAGUACCUGGCUGGGCUGCGGAGGCUGCAGGAGGCUGCAGGGUCGGAGGCUGGCGAGUGCUCGGAGCUGCUGCGGGAGCUCAUCCAGGAGGCGCUGCAGUGGGAAGCCAGCGAGGCCGCGGCUGAUGGCGGUGUGGAGCUGGGCCCUGUCAGUGAGUAUGACGAGUACGGCUUCCCAGCAGUGCCCGACUAUGAGGUGGAAGACCUGAAGCUGCUGGCCAGGAUCCAGGUGCUGGAGGUGCGCUCCCACCACCUGCUGGCCCUUGACGCUGUGGAGCGGCCACUGCGGGAGCGCUGGGCGGCCCUGGGCCAGCUCGCGCCCUCUGCAGAGCUCAAGCAGCUGCUGCGGGCGGGAGUGCCCCGCGAACACCGGCCCCGCGUCUGGAGAUGGCUGGUCCAUCUCCGUGUCCAGCACCUGCACACUCCUAGCUGCUACCAGGAGCUGCUGAGGCGAGGCCAGGCCUGCGAGCACCCUGCUGCCCAUCAGAUCGAGCUGGACCUGAACCGGACCUUCCCCAACAACAAGCACUUCACCUGUCCCACCUCCAGCUUCCCUGACAAGCUCCGCCGGGUGCUGCUGGCCUUCUCCUGGCAGAACCCAGCCAUUGGCUACUGCCAGGGCCUGAACAGGCUGGCCGCUGUGGCUCUGCUGGUCCUGGAGGAGGAGGAGAGUGCCUUCUGGUGCCUGGUAGCCAUCGUGGAGACCAUCCUGCCAGCCGACUACUACAGUAAGACGCUGACAGCGUCCCAGGUGGACCAGCGGGUGCUGCAGGACCUCCUCUCAGAGAAGCUGCCCAGGCUGAUGGCCCACCUGGGGCAGCACCGCAUCGACCUCUCCCUCGUCACGUUCAACUGGUUCCUCGUGGUCUUUGCAGACAGUCUGAUCAGUGACAUCCUCCUGCGGGUCUGGGAUGCCUUCCUAUACGAGGGGACCAAGGUGGUGUUCCGCUAUGCCUUGGCCAUUUUCAAGUACAACGAGGAGGAGAUCCUGCGGCUGCAGGACAGCCUGGAGAUCUACCAGUACCUGCGCUUCUUCACCAAGACCAUUUGCAACAGCAGGAAGCUGAUGCACAUCGCCUUCAGCGACAUGAACCCCUUUCCCAUGAAGCAGCUGCGGCAGCUGCGGGCAACCCACCGGGAGCGGCUGGAGGCAGAGCUGCGGGAGCUGGAGCAGCUGAAGGCCGAGUACCUGGAGAGACGGGCGUCCAGGGGCAGAGCAGUGACCGAGGGCUGCACCAGUGAGGAUGAUGGGGACGGGGACGCCUGACCUGGCCACUCACCUAGRCAAAGCCUUUUCACCCUUACGGCAACCCCCCAGCCCCAUCACCAUGUGACCUUCUUUCACGCACACGCACCAGGGAGGCCAUGCGCUUCUCACCUCCCCACAGAGCAGGCCGGUGGGCAGGCCAGCGGGAUAGUCUUCAUGGGGCCGCCUUGGGCAUCCUCUAAGUUAUAUCUAUA